AAAAAACGAAUUCUCAUCAGCAUGGCCAAAUUCGUUAGCACUUACGAAAAACCUCUGCCUCAUAUCGGCAUGUCGGACUGGUACACCAAGCAAUUUGAGCUCCGACAAAGCGCGGACGUCAGAAGAUCCGAGGCCUGUCGAUUGCGAAAUUCGAGCAAGUCCGCUCGUUCCGAGGGGAACGUGAGAACGCAAUGGGACAUCUACAUGAACGAUGCUCGAAUAGCGGACAGAGUGUUAGAGCUAGCGAGAUGGAAGGACGUUCUCGAGGACCUGCUGCAAAAAUUGCUAACCGAGAUACGCUUGUUAAGCGACGAGAAAGCCAACACGGACAAGGACAUCGAAAACAUAGCUCAUCCUCUGCGUAUCGUCAGCGAAUGCAUCUCGAUGAGGGACCGCCGUAGAGAAGCCGAGCUCACGUACGACGAGGCUGAUAUCGAGCUAAAAAAGGAGCUCCUCUUGAUUGCGAAUAUUCACGAAGCACUGACCAAAAGAACGCAGGCCGCGUGGGAAAAGUUGAAUCGCUUGGAAGCCCUGAAAUUCAAGUUGAGCUUGGACAUAGAGGACAAAAAUGAGACCAUUAAAAUAGACACGGGGAAUCUCGAACUGGAUCGCACUUGCGCGAAUAUAAGUUACAAGCCGUCAGUUAUCGAUAAGACAAGUUCAAUCACGUACGAGGUUUGGCUGGACCGGUGUCGUUGCUCUAAGUUAUCAGCCGAAAACGAACUGAGUGACUGUUACGCUUUUCGCGAAGCUACACGUGUAACGCGGGAACAUGCAUCGAAUGAUAUUAAAGCUCAGCAAGACGCGACGGAUUACACUUUGAGAAAGAGAAUUUAUCAAACGCAAAAAGCCAGAAAUGAGAUGGAGUGGCAGAAGCUGAAGGUGCAGAAGGAAAUGGAGAUGUUGGGGAACGAGAUAAGCCAGUUAGAAGGAGCGCUGAUAAGUAAAGUAGAUGUGGUGAAGUGCGUCGAGACGCGACUGGAGAAUCGCGUUUAUCGGCCUGGCUCGGAGCUUUGCAAGGACGAAGUUGAAUCAGGCUUGAAGAACGAAGCCCUGCAACUAAAACAGACCGAAGAGAAUCUAAUUAAGAUGAUCGAGCACGCAAAGGCAAACUACAACAGCCUGGAAUCCCUGCUCAUACGUAUCGACAUGAAUUUGGAAGACAAACAGCACUCUCUGAACACCGAGGUCAUGUGUCUGGACAUGAGAGCAUCGCUGAAGACGGGGGACAGAUCACGUUUACCUAAUGAGACGGAUCGUAAUAUCGUCCUGACACGUCUGGAGAGAGAGAUUCCACUGGAAUCUUAACACCACUUUGCACGUCUGUUUGGAUCCAUUUGGAAUUCGAAAACCCAACAACUUUGCAGCUACCAUAGUCUUAACAUUUAAUAGACUUGUCCGUCCUUACUUGUAUCAUGCGAGAAAACAAGAAUCUCGAGUCGAAAUUUGAUAAAUACUUGUUAGAUUUGUGAGUCCAAUUGAAUCUAACCUACACGCA